UCGAUAAUUCCGCGGUCACACUGCGAACAACGCUAAAAUUUUUGCAGAACUUCAAAUCAAUUAAAUAGGAAAAUUGUAAUAUUAAAAAGAUGCCGCAGCCGAGUAGCAGCAGCAUUCCACCCGGAGCCCCCAGCGGCACGGCUACAGCCACAGCUGCCGCUUCUGGCGGCGACUUGGCGUCGCGCGGCUGCAAUACUCCAGGAUGCACAGUGUCUACCAUUGUGGAGAAGACCAAGCGCAAGUGCUCGCAAUUGGUGUCGGCGCCUUACGUGAUGCCCAAACCUGUGCUCGUCAAUGGCCACACGUCGAUAUUCCAGAUUGGUGGCGAGAUGGCCAAAAUGGUCGACAUUCCAUCGCUUUCCAAAGCGAGUGGCGGCGAUGGCGGCAAGCCCAUCUACCGCAUCAAGCCGGGCACCCAUGCUCACGUAAUAAACUUUGUGCUCGUCGACGAGGGCUCCGAUUCGAUGGACAAGGCCGCGUCGGGCGACCAGAAUGCCAUGCGUAUGGUGAUUGACUCCCAGCGCGAGUCUGCCAUUAGCAAGCUAAACAAAAUGAUAGCCAGCCACCGUGGUGCUACAGCAGGCAAACCCAAUCCGGCAGGCCCUUCAGGCCUUCACGUGACCACGCCACAGAUUCAUCCAGACUUUUCGAUUGCCAGCGUUGAGGGUGCAGUGCCCUUUGCUGGCGGCAUAGCCCGUGCAGCCGCACCAACAGUUGCCACAGCACCUGCCCCAGUAGCAGCAGCAGUCGCCGGCCAGCCCGUGUCUGCCCUCAAUGUAGGCCGUCUGCAGGCCGAAGUUAACCAGCUGCGUCGCACGGUCGCUCUGCUGGAGGAGACUCCGCGCCGCUAAACUCAUCGAAUUCAAGCCUGACUUUCCCUUUUGGGGGAUACUAAAACCUAACCAAAUACGCUUUAUAAUAAUUAAGUGUUGCACCAUGCUAAACACACAAUAAAAUAAUAGUCUUUGUAG